AUGGACAAAGCUCAGCGCCUGAUCCAGACAUGGGUUGCGUCACCUCGAGAUAAAGAGAUAGAUGAUACUGUGGAUGGUCUGGCUAAAGGGGAUAUCAAAUUGCUACACAUUGUGCAGGCACUAGGCGACUAUCUGACCUCAGAGGAUGACGACCUUCGGAACAAAGGCGUUGAGUUUCUCGCAAAAGUCGUUGGGAAAACGCCCGCCGAGUACCUAAAUCGCCAAUCAGUGAAGGUUCUUCUGGCUUUCUUCUUGACUAAACUGGAAGAUCUGGACACAAUCAUACCGGCUCUGAAGGGGCUCAUGGCUCUCACACGUCUGCCCAAUCUUCUUGAAGAAGAUGCGGUGACUGUCAUGAAAGCGUUGUUCAAGCAUGUCAAGAUGGCAGCGCUAGUUCAGGCGCAGAGAUUCACGGUCUUCUCGAUAGUAGACAACCUCAUCGCGAACCAUAGAGAAGCCCUGAAAUCUAUGCGCGACGAGUUCUUAACCGGCUACAUCCUACUGGCAGAAGGCGAAAAAGACCCGCGGAAUCUCAUGCUCGCCUUUGCCAUCGCACGAGUGAUCCUCAUUGAGUUCGACGUCACCAAAAGGAUCGAGGAAAUGUUCAAUGUCACCGCUUGCUACUUUCCCAUCUCGUUCCGACCUCCACCAGACGAUCCCUACGGUAUCAGCGCAGACGACCUGAAAGCCGCAUUGCGAGGUUGUCUCAGCGCCAACGCCGCAUUUGCGCCUCUCAUGAUACCACUGAUACUCGAGAAGAUCGCAUCCGCAGCUCCUCCAACGAAGAGGGAUGCUCUGUUAACGUUGGAUGACUGUCUUCCCGUCUACGGUGCUGGUCAUGCGCGCACGCAUGCCAGGAAGUUAUGGAACGCCUUGAAACUGGAGAUCUUCCAGCCGACGGACCCGCACACAGAAAGGGCGGCUCUGAAGUCCGUACAAGUGCUCAUCAAGACGAUCUACUCGAGUCCCGCUGCAUCGUCCGACGAUAUAGAAGGUCUAGCGAAGGAGGCAUGCGAGGAAUGCGUUGUGAUUCUGAAGGAGCCCGAGAAGAGUCAGGCUACGCCGGCUAUGAAGACGCUUUGUGCAUUUGUUUCGACAACUCCGUCGGUCUGCCAGUAUACAGUCUCACAAGUCGUCCCUCACCACGUCAAGCUCUUCCUUAACCCCGACGAAGCACCCAACCGCGGCCCAACGCUGAAGUUAUUGGCGCAGUUCAUCGUGGCCCUACGCGACUCCGUGCUGAAGUCAGAUGAAGACCAGGCCAAUCUGCUCACGCCAUACAAGGACGAAGUACUCGGCAUCUUCAUCACAGGUGUCAAGACUCCUUCGUCUUCGGCGUCUGCGAUCGAAGGUCUGCGUGCGUUGGUGACUACGCCCAAACUUCUGGACGACGACGAGGUUGGCUUCGUUGUCAAUAACGUCAACGACGUCGUCGCCAGUGGUAAAGAGGACGUUGCAGGGGUGAACGACGAUGCUUUGGACCUUCUGAAAACAAUCUCCACCAUCGCACCCACACAUGUUUCUUCCAACACCCUGCCUCUACUUUUCUCGCUUCUUCCUGACGAGGCUCCACCUCGUGAGGAUGCUGAUGCGCGCGAAAAGUACUGGAACGUUCUGUCAUCACUCGCCCGCCUAUGCGAGCAAGCAGUGCUAUUCGAGACACUGGUCGUACGGCUAUCUACGAAGCUAGACUUGCUCUGCAGUCCAAGACCGUCUGCAUCACUAGCGGAUCCCGAACCUACUGCAGCCUACGCUCACUCGAUACUCAACACACUCGUGACUGUACUGGAGAAGAAGGUGGAACGAGCAGAUGCCGACGUACCGAAGUACAUCGACAGACUCGUUCUCCCCUUGCUCAACCUGUUCGUCGGCGGCGCAGUGCUGAAGGACGACCCAUCCGCGCUCCCGGUCACGGACUUCCGCUUAGUGACACUCGUUGCGAAGGUCGUGAACCUAGUUACGCAAACCUUAUCCGCAGAGAAGCAAGAAGCGUUUGCCCGCCAACUGGUCCCACUCUUCCUCCAGGGAGAUCUCAAGGCUAUUGCUCCAAGUGCACGAUCAGUCCUGCCUGAUGGCGUCGCAUUCUCGCCUUUCUCGGAGUCCGCCCCAGCUCAUCAAGCGAACCUUGCCAUCGUGUUCUCGGAGGCCCUGAUAGCUUUGCGGAAAGAGGUUCGACUUCCCGUUGAUGACCCCUCAGCUUUCUUAAGCGAACUUGUUCGAUGGAGCAUCGAGACUGCCCGGACCACCCCACAACGUGAAAGCGCAUGGCAUCUCGUAGCGGCAGUUGUGAACAAACGUGUAGCAGAUUGCGAACCUUUUUUGAAGAACAUGCUGGGAUCGUUCUCUGCCGCAUCGUUGAGGGAUGUUGCAAAGCCAGUCCCUACACGGCAAUACGCCAUCUUCGCCUGGACAUGGGUUAGUAAGGGACUCUUGGUGCAGAACCAUGCUUUGGCGACCGACUUCGUCGAACACCUCUUUGAGUUGUUUGGUGAUGAGAGCAUCAGCUGGGAUGCAGCGCGAUCCGUCGGCAACGUUGUUGCACCGAGUAAGGUGCUGGUCAAGAGCAAUCAUGCCGUCAUCAGAGUCCUGCACGCACAGAAGUACGCGAGCCGGGUACUGCCGCGACUGAUCGAGGGCGCGAAAGACUCUUCAGAUACGCGAAAGCAGACGGCUAACUUGGUCGCGCUUCUUUCGCUCAUCCGCUCAAUCCCGAAGGCCGCAUACGCCCGAGAGAUGCCGACGCUUCUUCCUCUACUACUCCGCGGGCUCGAGCUCUCCGAUACCGAGCUGAGAGCGAACGUCAUCGACACGCUUCUCUCUGCCGCCCAAGCCGAUGUAGACGCCGACAUCAAGCACGCGAAGGAAGGCAACCUCGUCGCGGAGCACGCGUCGAGUCUGACUUCGAUCAUGCUCAAGAACGCCAGCAUCGCCACUAUGCCCGACGCGAGGGUGCGCAUCGCUGCACUGCGUUACCUCGCGAUUCUUCCCAAAGUCGUGCGUUACGACGUGCUGCAUCCGCAUAAGGCGACGGUUGUGCGCGAGCUAGUGAAGGUAUUGGAUGAUCCAAGGAGAUCUGUGAGGAAGGAGGCCGUAGACGCCCGUGGUAGCUGGUACACGUACUCGGGCUGA